AUGAUGGGCAGGUGUCGACGAGCUGCGUCGCCUUCUUUUCUCCUCUUCCUGUUGGCUUUUCUCCUCGCCGCAUUUCGCGAAGCUUCCGCGGUUCGAUUCACGCUAGACCAGUUCGAGUGCCUGACCUACUACGUGCAUUACGUCGGCGACGAAGUGCAUGGUAACUUCGUCGUCGUCAGUUCGCAAACGUGGGGUGAAUGGGAGUCGCUGGGGGUCGACAUCGUUGUAGAGGACCCCGACGGGUACCACGUGCACUCGGCGCAGGGUCAGACGGAGGGCGUGUUUUCAUUUGAGUCGAUGCGGGAGGGCGACUACAAGGUGUGCUUCACGAACAAGUCGCCCAUCAACGAGGAGAUUGUCUUUGAGCUGCACGUGGGCCACCACUUCAGCGAAAAGGAGCUCGCCAAGGAAGAGCAUGUGGAGCAGACGAGGGACAAGGCGAAGAACUUGUAUGAGCGCGUGAUGGUGCUGUCAAUCCAUGCCAAGUUCCGCCACUCGCAGGCUCAGAGGCUCAACGAAUUGGCCAAGACCACCACAGCGAGGCUCAUCUUCAAGACGGCCGUCCAAUCAGGCGCGCUCAUUCUUUGCAGCUCAAUCCAGCCAAGACACUUGAUCCUUGCCUCCCCGCACUGCACUUCAUCCUCCCUGCAGCAAUCAUGCCCGCACUCCAUCCUCUCUGCAGCAAUCAUGCCCGCACUCCAUCCUCUCUGCAGCAAUCAUGCCCGCACUCCAUCCUCUCUGCAGCAAUCAUGCCCGCACUCCAUCCUCUCUGCAGCAAUCAUGCCCGCACUCCAUCCUCUCUGCAGCAAUCAUGCCCGCACUCCAUCCUCUCUGCAGCAAUCAUGCCCGCACUCCAUCCUCUCUGCAGCAAUCAUGCCCGCACUCCAUCCUCUCUGUGCAGCAAUCAUGCCCGCACUCCAUCCUCUCUGUGCAGCAAUCAUGCCCGCACUCCAUCCUCUCUGCAGCAAUCAUGCCCGCACUCCAUCCUCUCUGCAGCAAUCAUGCCCGCACUCCAUCCUCUCUGCAGCAAUCAUGCCCGCACUCCAUCCUCUCUGCAGCAAUCAUGCCCGCACUCCAUCCUCUCUGCAGCAAUCAUGCCCGCACUCCAUCCUCUCUGCAGCAAUCAUGCCCGCACUCCAUCCUCUCUGCAGCAAUCAUGCCCGCACUCCAUCCUCUCUGCAGCAAUCAUGCCCGCACUCCAUCCUCUCUGCAGCAAUCAUGCCCGCACUCCAUCCUCUCUGCAGCAAUCAUGCCCGCACUCCAUCCUCUCUGUGCAGCAAUCAUGCCCGCACUCCAUCCUCUCUGUGCAGCAAUCAUGCCCGCACUCCAUCCUCUCUGCAGCAAUCAUGCCCCCACUCCAUCCUCUCUGCAGCAAUCAUGCCCGCACUCCAUCCUCUCUGCAGCAAUCAUGCCCGCACUCCAUCCUCUCUGCAGCAAUCAUGCCCGCACUCCAUCCUCUCUGCAGCAAUCAUGCCCGCACUCCAUCCUCUCUGCAGCAAUCAUGCCCGCACUCCAUCCUCUCUGCAGCAAUCAUGCCCGCACUCCAUCCUCUCUGCAGCAAUCAUGCCCGCACUCCAUCCUCUCUGCAGCAAUCAUGCCCGCACUCCAUCCUCUCUGCAGCAAUCAUGCCCGCACUCCAUCCUCUCUGCAGCAAUCAUGCCCGCACUCCAUCCUCUCUGCAGCAAUCAUGCCCGCACUCCAUCCUCUCUGCAGCAAUCAUGCCCGCACUCCAUCCUCUCUGCAGCAAUCAUGCCCGCACUCCAUCCUCUCUGCAGCAAUCAUGCCCGCACUCCAUCCUCUCUGCAGCAAUCAUGCCCGCACUCCAUCCUCUCUGCAGCAAUCAUGCCCGCACUCCAUCCUCUCUGCAGCAAUCAUGCCCGCACUCCAUCCUCUCUGCAGCAAUCAUGCCCGCACUCCAUCCUCUCUGCAGCAAUCAUGCCCGCACUCCAUCCUCUCUGCAGCAAUCAUGCCCGCACUCCAUCCUCUCUGCAGCAAUCAUGCCCGCACUCCAUCCUCUCUGCAGCAAUCAUGCCCGCACUCCAUCCUCUCUGCAGCAAUCAUGCCCGCACUCCAUCCUCUCUGCAGCAAUCAUGCCCGCACUCCAUCCUCUCUGCAGCAAUCAUGCCCGCACUCCAUCCUCUCUGCAGCAAUCAUGCCCGCACUCCAUCCUCUCUGCAGCAAUCAUGCCCGCACUCCAUCCUCUCUGCAGCAAUCAUGCCCGCACUCCAUCCUCUCUGCAGCAAUCAUGCCCGCACUCCAUCCUCUCUGCAGCAAUCAUGCCGCACUCCAUCCUCUCUGCAGCAAUCAUGCCCGCACUCCAUCCUCUCUGCAGCAAUCAUGCCCGCACUCCAUCCUCUCUGCAGCAAUCAUGCCCGCACUCCAUCCUCUCUGCAGCAAUCAUGCCCGCACUCCAUCCUCUCUGCAGCAAUCAUGCCCGCACUCCAUCCUCUCUGCAGCAAUCAUGCCCGCACUCCAUCCUCUCUGCAGCAAUCAUGCCCGCACUCCAUCCUCUCUGCAGCAAUCAUGCCCGCACUCCAUCCUCUCUGUGCAGCAAUCAUGCCCGCACUCCAUCCUCUCUGCAGCAAUCAUGCCCGCACUCCAUCCUCUCUGCAGCAAUCAUGCCCGCACUCCAUCCUCUCUGCAGCAAUCAUGCCCGCACUCCAUCCUCUCUGCAGCAAUCAUGCCCGCACUCCAUCCUCUCUGCAGCAAUCAUGCCCGCACUCCAUCCUCUCUGCAGCAAUCAUGCCCGCACUCCAUCCUCUCUGCAGCAAUCAUGCCCGCACUCCAUCCUCUCUGCAGCAAUCAUGCCCGCACUCCAUCCUCUCUGCAGCAAUCAUGCCCGCACUCCAUCCUCUCUGCAGCAAUCAUGCCCGCACUCCAUCCUCUCUGCAGCAAUCAUGCCCGCACUCCAUCCUCUCUGCAGCAAUCAUGCCCGCACUCCAUCCUCUCUGCAGCAAUCAUGCCCGCACUCCAUCCUCUCUGUGCAGCAAUCAUGCCCGCACUCCAUCCUCUCUGCAGCAAUCAUGCCCGCACUCCAUCCUCUCUGCAGCAAUCAUGCCCGCACUCCAUCCUCUCUGCAGCAAUCAUGCCCGCACUCCAUCCUCUCUGCAGCAAUCAUGCCCGCACUCCAUCCUCUCUGCAGCAAUCAUGCCCGCACUCCAUCCUCUCUGCAGCAAUCAUGCCCGCACUCCAUCCUCUCUGCAGCAAUCAUGCCCGCACUCCAUCCUCUCUGCAGCAAUCAUGCCCGCACUCCAUCCUCUCUGCAGCAAUCAUGCCCGCACUCCAUCCUCUCUGCAGCAAUCAUGCCCGCACUCCAUCCUCUCUGCAGCAAUCAUGCCCGCACUCCAUCCUCUCUGCAGCAAUCAUGCCCGCACUCCAUCCUCUCUGCAGCAAUCAUGCCCGCACUCCAUCCUCUCUGUGCAGCAAUCAUGCCCGCACUCCAUCCUCUCUGCAGCAAUCAUGCCCGCACUCCAUCCUCUCUGCAGCAAUCAUGCCCGCACUCCAUCCUCUCUGCAGCAAUCAUGCCCGCACUCCAUCCUCUCUGCAGCAAUCAUGCCCGCACUCCAUCCUCUCUGCAGCAAUCAUGCCCGCACUCCAUCCUCUCUGCAGCAAUCAUGCCCGCACUCCAUCCUCUCUGCAGCAAUCAUGCCCGCACUCCAUCCUCUCUGCAGCAAUCAUGCCCGCACUCCAUCCUCUCUGCAGCAAUCAUGCCCGCACUCCAUCCUCUCUGCAGCAAUCAUGCCCGCACUCCAUCCUCUCUGCAGCAAUCAUGCCCGCACUCCAUCCUCUCUGCAGCAAUCAUGCCCGCACUCCAUCCUCUCUGCAGCAAUCAUGCCCGCACUCCAUCCUCUCUGCAGCAAUCAUGCCCGCACUCCAUCCUCUCUGCAGCAAUCAUGCCCGCACUCCAUCCUCUCUGCAGCAAUCAUGCCCGCACUCCAUCCUCUCUGCAGCAAUCAUGCCCGCACUCCAUCCUCUCUGCAGCAAUCAUGCCCGCACUCCAUCCUCUCUGCAGCAAUCAUGCCCGCACUCCAUCCUCUCUGCAGCAAUCAUGCCCGCACUCCAUCCUCUCUGCAGCAAUCAUGCCCGCACUCCAUCCUCUCUGCAGCAAUCAUGCCCGCACUCCAUCCUCUCUGCAGCAAUCAUGCCCGCACUCCAUCCUCUCUGUGCAGCAAUCAUGCCCGCACUCCAUCCUCUCUGUGCAGCAAUCAUGCCCGCACUCCAUCCUCUCUGCAGCAAUCAUGCCCGCACUCCAUCCUCUCUGCAGCAAUCAUGCCCGCACUCCAUCCUCUCUGCGCAGCAAUCAUGCCCGCACUCCAUCCUCUCUGCAGCAAUCAUGCCCGCACUCCAUCCUCUCUGCAGCAAUCAUGCCCGCACUCCAUCCUCUCUGCAGCAAUCAUGCCCGCACUCCAUCCUCUCUGCAGCAAUCAUGCCCGCACUCCAUCCUCUCUGCAGCAAUCAUGCCCGCACUCCAUCCUCUCUGCAGCAAUCAUGCCCGCACUCCAUCCUCUCUGCAGCAAUCAUGCCCGCACUCCAUCCUCUCUGCAGCAAUCAUGCCCGCACUCCAUCCUCUCUGCAGCAAUCAUGCCCGCACUCCAUCCUCUCUGCAGCAAUCAUGCCCGCACUCCAUCCUCUCUGCAGCAAUCAUGCCCGCACUCCAUCCUCUCUGCAGCAAUCAUGCCCGCACUCCAUCCUCUCUGCAGCAAUCAUGCCCGCACUCCAUCCUCUCUGCAGCAAUCAUGCCCGCACUCCAUCCUCUCUGCAGCAAUCAUGCCCGCACUCCAUCCUCUCUGCAGCAAUCAUGCCCGCACUCCAUCCUCUCUGCAGCAAUCAUGCCCGCACUCCAUCCUCUCUGCAGCAAUCAUGCCCGCACUCCAUCCUCUCUGUGCAGCAAUCAUGCCCGCACUCCAUCCUCUCUGCAGCAAUCAUGCCCGCACUCCAUCCUCUCUGCAGCAAUCAUGCCCGCACUCCAUCCUCUCUGCAGCAAUCAUGCCCGCACUCCAUCCUCUCUGCAGCAAUCAUGCCCGCACUCCAUCCUCUCUGCAGCAAUCAUGCCCGCACUCCAUCCUCUCUGCAGCAAUCAUGCCCGCACUCCAUCCUCUCUGCAGCAAUCAUGCCCGCACUCCAUCCUCUCUGCAGCAAUCAUGCCCGCACUCCAUCCUCUCUGCAGCAAUCAUGCCCGCACUCCAUCCUCUCUGCAGCAAUCAUGCCCGCACUCCAUCCUCUCUGCAGCAAUCAUGCCCGCACUCCAUCCUCUCUGCAGCAAUCAUGCCCGCACUCCAUCCUCUCUGCAGCAAUCAUGCCCGCACUCCAUCCUCUCUGCAGCAAUCAUGCCCGCACUCCAUCCUCUCUGUGCAGCAAUCAUGCCCGCACUCCAUCCUCUCUGCAGCAAUCAUGCCCGCACUCCAUCCUCUCUGCAGCAAUCAUGCCCGCACUCCAUCCUCUCUGCAGCAAUCAUGCCCGCACUCCAUCCUCUCUGCAGCAAUCAUGCCCGCACUCCAUCCUCUCUGCAGCAAUCAUGCCCGCACUCCAUCCUCUCUGCAGCAAUCAUGCCCGCACUCCAUCCUCUCUGCAGCAAUCAUGCCCGCACUCCAUCCUCUCUGCAGCAAUCAUGCCCGCACUCCAUCCUCUCUGCAGCAAUCAUGCCCGCACUCCAUCCUCUCUGCAGCAAUCAUGCCCGCACUCCAUCCUCUCUGCAGCAAUCAUGCCCGCACUCCAUCCUCUCUGCAGCAAUCAUGCCCGCACUCCAUCCUCUCUGCAGCAAUCAUGCCCGCACUCCAUCCUCUCUGCAGCAAUCAUGCCCGCACUCCAUCCUCUCUGCAGCAAUCAUGCCCGCACUCCAUCCUCUCUGCAGCAAUCAUGCCCGCACUCCAUCCUCUCUGCAGCAAUCAUGCCCGCACUCCAUCCUCUCUGCAGCAAUCAUGCCCGCACUCCAUCCUCUCUGCAGCAAUCAUGCCCGCACUCCAUCCUCUCUGCAGCAAUCAUGCCCGCACUCCAUCCUCUCUGCAGCAAUCAUGCCCGCACUCCAUCCUCUCUGCAGCAAUCAUGCCCGCACUCCAUCCUCUCUGCAGCAAUCAUGCCCGCACUCCAUCCUCUCUGCAGCAAUCAUGCCCGCACUCCAUCCUCUCUGUGCAGCAAUCAUGCCCGCACUCCAUCCUCUCUGUGCAGCAAUCAUGCCCGCACUCCAUCCUCUCUGUGCAGCAAUCAUGCCCGCACUCCAUCCUCUCUGCAGCAAUCAUGCCCGCACUCCAUCCUCUCUGCAGCAAUCAUGCCCGCACUCCAUCCUCUCUGCAGCAAUCAUGCCCGCACUCCAUCCUCUCUGCAGCAAUCAUGCCCGCACUCCAUCCUCUCUGCAGCAAUCAUGCCCGCACUCCAUCCUCUCUGCAGCAAUCAUGCCCGCACUCCAUCCUCUCUGCAGCAAUCAUGCCCGCACUCCAUCCUCUCUGCAGCAAUCAUGCCCGCACUCCAUCCUCUCUGCAGCAAUCAUGCCCGCACUCCAUCCUCUCUGCAGCAAUCAUGCCCGCACUCCAUCCUCUCUGCAGCAAUCAUGCCCGCACUCCAUCCUCUCUGCAGCAAUCAUGCCCGCACUCCAUCCUCUCUGCAGCAAUCAUGCCCGCACUCCAUCCUCUCUGCAGCAAUCAUGCCCGCACUCCAUCCUCUCUGCAGCAAUCAUGCCCGCACUCCAUCCUCUCUGUGCAGCAAUCAUGCCCGCACUCCAUCCUCUCUGUGCAGCAAUCAUGCCCGCACUCCAUCCUCUCUGUGCAGCAAUCAUGCCCGCACUCCAUCCUCUCUGCAGCAAUCAUGCCCGCACUCCAUCCUCUCUGCAGCAAUCAUGCCCGCACUCCAUCCUCUCUGCAGCAAUCAUGCCCGCACUCCAUCCUCUCUGCAGCAAUCAUGCCCGCACUCCAUCCUCUCUGCAGCAAUCAUGCCCGCACUCCAUCCUCUCUGCAGCAAUCAUGCCCGCACUCCAUCCUCUCUGCAGCAAUCAUGCCCGCACUCCAUCCUCUCUGCAGCAAUCAUGCCCGCACUCCAUCCUCUCUGCAGCAAUCAUGCCCGCACUCCAUCCUCUCUGCAGCAAUCAUGCCCGCACUCCAUCCUCUCUGCAGCAAUCAUGCCCGCACUCCAUCCUCUCUGCAGCAAUCAUGCCCGCACUCCAUCCUCUCUGCAGCAAUCAUGCCCGCACUCCAUCCUCUCUGCAGCAAUCAUGCCCGCACUCCAUCCUCUCUGCAGCAAUCAUGCCCGCACUCCAUCCUCUCUGCAGCAAUCAUGCCCGCACUCCAUCCUCUCUGUGCAGCAAUCAUGCCCGCACUCCAUCCUCUCUGUGCAGCAAUCAUGCCCGCACUCCAUCCUCUCUGCAGCAAUCAUGCCCGCACUCCAUCCUCUCUGCAGCAAUCAUGCCCGCACUCCAUCCUCUCUGCAGCAAUCAUGCCCGCACUCCAUCCUCUCUGCAGCAAUCAUGCCCGCACUCCAUCCUCUCUGCAGCAAUCAUGCCCGCACUCCAUCCUCUCUGCAGCAAUCAUGCCCGCACUCCAUCCUCUCUGCAGCAAUCAUGCCCGCACUCCAUCCUCUCUGCAGCAAUCAUGCCCGCACUCCAUCCUCUCUGCAGCAAUCAUGCCCGCACUCCAUCCUCUCUGCAGCAAUCAUGCCCGCACUCCAUCCUCUCUGUGCAGCAAUCAUGCCCGCACUCCAUCCUCUCUGUGCAGCAAUCAUGCCCGCACUCCAUCCUCUCUGCAGCAAUCAUGCCCCCACUCCAUCCUCUCUGCAGCAAUCAUGCCCGCACUCCAUCCUCUCUGCAGCAAUCAUGCCCGCACUCCAUCCUCUCUGCAGCAAUCAUGCCCGCACUCCAUCCUCUCUGCAGCAAUCAUGCCCGCACUCCAUCCUCUCUGCAGCAAUCAUGCCCGCACUCCAUCCUCUCUGCAGCAAUCAUGCCCGCACUCCAUCCUCUCUGCAGCAAUCAUGCCCGCACUCCAUCCUCUCUGCAGCAAUCAUGCCCGCACUCCAUCCUCUCUGCAGCAAUCAUGCCCGCACUCCAUCCUCUCUGCAGCAAUCAUGCCCGCACUCCAUCCUCUCUGCAGCAAUCAUGCCCGCACUCCAUCCUCUCUGCAGCAAUCAUGCCCGCACUCCAUCCUCUCUGCAGCAAUCAUGCCCGCACUCCAUCCUCUCUGCAGCAAUCAUGCCCGCACUCCAUCCUCUCUGCAGCAAUCAUGCCCGCACUCCAUCCUCUCUGCAGCAAUCAUGCCCGCACUCCAUCCUCUCUGCAGCAAUCAUGCCCGCACUCCAUCCUCUCUGCAGCAAUCAUGCCCGCACUCCAUCCUCUCUGCAGCAAUCAUGCCCGCACUCCAUCCUCUCUGCAGCAAUCAUGCCCGCACUCCAUCCUCUCUGCAGCAAUCAUGCCCGCACUCCAUCCUCUCUGCAGCAAUCAUGCCCGCACUCCAUCCUCUCUGCAGCAAUCAUGCCCGCACUCCAUCCUCUCUGCAGCAAUCAUGCCCGCACUCCAUCCUCUCUGCAGCAAUCAUGCCCGCACUCCAUCCUCUCUGCAGCAAUCAUGCCCGCACUCCAUCCUCUCUGCAGCAAUCAUGCCCGCACUCCAUCCUCUCUGCAGCAAUCAUGCCCGCACUCCAUCCUCUCUGCAGCAAUCAUGCCCGCACUCCAUCCUCUCUGCAGCAAUCAUGCCCGCACUCCAUCCUCUCUGCAGCAAUCAUGCCCGCACUCCAUCCUCUCUGCAGCAAUCAUGCCCGCACUCCAUCCUCUCUGCAGCAAUCAUGCCCGCACUCCAUCCUCUCUGCAGCAAUCAUGCCCGCACUCCAUCCUCUCUGCAGCAAUCAUGCCCGCACUCCAUCCUCUCUGCAGCAAUCAUGCCCGCACUCCAUCCUCUCUGCAGCAAUCAUGCCCGCACUCCAUCCUCUCUGCAGCAAUCAUGCCCGCACUCCAUCCUCUCUGCAGCAAUCAUGCCCGCACUCCAUCCUCUCUGCAGCAAUCAUGCCCGCACUCCAUCCUCUCUGCAGCAAUCAUGCCCGCACUCCAUCCUCUCUGCAGCAAUCAUGCCCGCACUCCAUCCUCUCUGCAGCAAUCAUGCCCGCACUCCAUCCUCUCUGCAGCAAUCAUGCCCGCACUCCAUCCUCUCUGCAGCAAUCAUGCCCGCACUCCAUCCUCUCUGCAGCAAUCAUGCCCGCACUCCAUCCUCUCUGCAGCAAUCAUGCCCGCACUCCAUCCUCUCUGCAGCAGUCAUGCCCGCACUCCAUCCUCUCUGCAGCAGUCAUGCCCGCACUCCAUCCUCUCUGCAGCAGUCAUGCCCGCACUCCAUCCUCUCUGCAGCAGUCAUGCCCGCACUCCAUCCUCUCUGCAGCAAUCAUGCCCGCACUCCAUCCUCUCUGCAGCAAUCAUGCCCGCACUCCAUCCUCUCUGCAGCAAUCAUGCCCGCACUCCAUCCUCUCUGCAGCAAUCAUGCCCGCACUCCAUCCUCUCUGCAGCAAUCAUGCCCGCACUCCAUCCUCUCUGCAGCAAUCAUGCCCGCACUCCAUCCUCUCUGCAGCAAUCAUGCCCGCACUACAUCCUCUCUGCAGCAAUCAUGCCCGCACUCCAUCCUCUCUGCAGCAAUCAUGCCCGCACUCCAUCCUCUCUGCAGCAAUCAUGCCCGCACUCCAUCCUCUCUGCAGCAAUCAUGCCCGCACUCCAUCCUCUCUGCAGCAAUCAUGCCCGCACUCCAUCCUCUCUGCAGCAAUCAUGCCCGCACUCCAUCCUCUCUGCAGCAAUCAUGCCCGCACUCCCCCUGUCACCCUCUUGGCGGCCCCUUCACAGUACUGCACUGUGCUGUAG